AUGACCGAGGAAAGAAAGCACGCCGCCUGUAAGGAGUGCCGCGAGAAGAAGCUGCGCUGUGUGCCCAGCGACGACGGCGGCGAUGCGUGCAAUAGUGAUGAUUGGUGCUUGGCCACAAGGUGUUCACGAUUAGGAAAGCAAUGCCAAGUGCCUGAAGUCAAGCAGCGCAAGCGGAAAGCCCGGUUGCGUGGUCGAGUGGAACAGCUGGAGAGCAGCUACUCAGAGAUCCUGUCGUUGCUGAGAAGCGAGAAGACUGCCGGUGACACCAACGGCAUGGCGGCCAUGUCCAACUCGACGCCAUCCUAUACAGACUCCCAGCUGUCUCAGAACGCCAGCCUAGUGUCGCCUUCCGGAUUCCACUCAGGCCAGUCUGAUGCUACCAACAACUUUCUGCUCGACAUUCCCUCAGACGAGUGUGAGAAGCUGAUGAGCGACUUCCGGCGCAUGUCGUCUCACCACUUCCCCUACGUCCUCAUCCCAGAGCCGUGCCCGGUUGCCUCGCUGAUGGAGGAGAGACCGAUGCUUUACCAGGCCAUCCUCGUCAGCACCACAUGGCGGAACCCCGCUCGGCAGUCUGCAUUGAAGGACAAGUUCCUCAGGGACCUCGGAGACAGGUACUUCAUCAAGUCAGAGCGGUCGCUGGAUCUCCUGCAAGCACUGAUUGUAUAUUUUGGCUGGUGCCAAUGGCAUGCUUACCCGGUUGCCACCCAAGUCUACAGGCUUGCCUCUCUCGUGGUAGCUUUGGCUGCAGAACUAGGCAUCGACCAGAAACCGAUGAACGUCACCCAGCACGACAUGAUUGUCGGCUCGAAUAUUACCCUCACACAGUGCAGCGAAGCCGUGUCGUCGAAGUUCUGGAGCUACGAGGCUCGAAGGGCUUAUAUGGGAGCGUACACCAUCUCGACUUUUGGUUGUAUCAUGUUCCGAAAGCCUUGCAUCUUGACUUACACGCAAUAUCUCGAAGACUGUGCCGCGUCUUUGGCCGCUGACCCACAAUAUCCGUCGGAUACCACCCUCAUCCAUAUGAUUCGCACUCUCCGUGUCGCCGAGGAAAUCACUUACACAUUUGAUCACGGCUCCAAGGAGAAAGUCGGGGAGCUCAAUGAUGAGAAGAUCGCGCUUCUGGUCCGGGCAUUGUCGAAACAGAUCGAGGACUGGAAAGCCGCCCUGCCGCCGGGUGCAUUUAGCAUUGGUAAGCCACUGCCGGUCCGUCUAGAAACUGGGCUCCUCGCUCAUUCUAUAUCGGUCAUUCCAGGUCGUCUUCAACGCUUCUACUAUAGUAGCAAAGCAUAUAUGCGCGAGGUUGGUCUGUAUGGCCUGCUCCAGGGACAGGUACCGUCGGCGACCCGCGUAUCCAUCAUCUACGACUGCUUCCACUGCACCAUGAAAUACCUUUCGACGGUUGUCGACUGUCCACUCGACGAGAUGGCCGACUGGACCGCGCUAGACUGGCGCGCCAUGAACUUUUUAAUCAUGCUCUCCACCAAGUCGUCGAUAGUUCUCGACUCGGCGUACGUGAGCACCGAGGCGUCCCAGCGGGCUGCGUGGCUGGGCAAGGUCCUUGACAUGCUGUGUGAACGGGCUCAAGAACUACACCGUCUCAAGAAUGAUAGUUGCAGCUAUUUUCAGAAAAUUUCGAAUGAAUGGGCCAACAUGAAGACGUACCAUCAAAGUUGUCUCCAGAGAAGCCUCUCAUCCUCGACCGCAACGAACAAUGCCCAACUGUCAACACAACUACCUCCUCCUCCUCCUCAACAACAACAACAACAUCAACAACAACAUCAACACCAACAUAUCAGCACUCCCUAUGUGGACACCGCGUUUGGUAUGGACCCGUUUAACGAGAUGUUCUGGGCCGGGUUCGCCGAGUCGGAGCCAGGCCUUGGCGGCGUCUUCCCAAUGUAA